AUGUGGGUGCGAACAAAGCCAUCGCUUCGGUGCGAGGGCAGCCCGUGCUAUCUCGCGCACGUUGCUAGGAGACGCGGAUCGAUACAGCCUCCGCCGGGCCGCCUAAUUACCCCCGCCGCACCCCCGCCCCGCCCCCGCAACCUCCCCCCCGGGCAGCGUCCCUCGCGCCCCGCCUCGCACCCCGCCCGGGGAAACUUCUCGCCCGGCCUCUGCUCCCAGAUU